UUGUUUCAGGCUUAUAGGCAUGACCACCUAACAGGGUUAGUUCGUGACCUCAUCUUCAAAUAGUAAUCUGGGAUAUAAAAGUUUGAGGACUUAUAUGCAUGACACUCUUCGACAACUUCCUGGUUCUUUUAUUUGACGGUGACAAUUAUUGUCGUCGGAAGUAGCAACCAAUCUAGAGACAGUUCCGAAAAAUCAGCAAGCUAAUCAUAGUUUCCACGGCGGCAGCAAGCAGGUCACAGCGGUAGACCAUUGGGAGGAACCGGCCAAGUCAGUAUCUUCCCACGGUAGCACCAACUAGGGCAGCUCAAGAGGCGACUGUUCACGAGACUGCAUGAUGGAAAGUGGAGAGAUCAUUGGCGAGGACUCUGUAAGGGUGGUUGACUCUUCACCAAGAAUAUCCGGGAAUAAAUACGGCCUGGCUGCUGUCCUCCUGAUAGAGAUGUUGCAGGGUGUGGCGUGUUACACCAUUCUACCCUUCGUGGCGACAUUCUGUCGAGAUGGUCUCGAUCUGAGCAAAACCAACGCUGUUAUCAUAUAUCUCGUUUUCUCAGGGAUUGUGUACAUGGUGCCCUGUGCAAGUGGGGCCCUUUCUGACACCGCCAUCACACGCUACACAUGCCUUCUCGUCUCCUUAGUGCUCUUCCUCAUUGGAAGCGUUGUAUUGCUGAGUCUGGCACUGGUACUGACGACCGAUAUCGAUCGCAAUAACAAAAUUGCCCUUUAUGUGGUUUCCCUGGUGUUCAUGGGCCUUGGCUACGGUUUCAGUAUUUCGAAUAUGUAUACGAUUGGAAUCGACCAAGUUGCUCAUCCAACGCUGAGAAAUGUAUGGUCCUUCUUCAUUUGGAAGCAUUGGUUCUUCAGCCUUGGGAAGCUCAUCAGUUACCUGCCAUUGCCGUUCCUUCUAAGAUGGCUAGGGGCGCAUUUCGGGGAGAACACGUUGCUACCCAAUGCAAUAGUUGUAGUGAUAGCAGUCGGUCUGUCUUUAGCAAUACUUCUUCUCGGGAAGCGACAGAUUAACAUCGUCCAACCACAGGGAAGGACGACAUUUCAGCGCCUGAAGAACGGCUUUUCCCGUUGCCUACCUUGCUUCUGCCGGGAAAACCACGACUAUGUCUCUUUGGAAAGUUCUGCAUCACUCACGAACGAGCGACGCUACAAUCGCCUGCUCCUGAAAAACGUCGUACUUCUAAUUGCACUCUUCUCAAUAUGUGGAGGGUUCAAUAUGUUUCGCACUCAGUUGACCAGUACCUUUGUUAUCCAAGCCGAGUACCUUCGCAAUACAAGCCCACUUCCAGCCAUCUCCAUCAACAUGUUCUGCCCCUUGGUCGUCCUGCUCUUCGUUCCUCUGAUCGAGAUUUACAACAGAUACAAGCAACACUGGAAGAAUAUGACUAAUUUGGAUAUCAUGCUGGCGGGAUUGGUUCCAUUAGUAUGCUCUGCUCUCGCUGCUGCGAUUCUCGAGACGUUUGUCAAAGGGGCUCUUACGGACCUACCCGACACUCAGCACGACAGUGGCAUCUCGUUCUUGGCCCAAGGACCACAGUAUGUCUUGAACGGCUUGGCGGACGUGCUAUCCUUUAUACCAGGGACCGAGUUUGCCUACAGGGAAAGUCCACGUCACAUUGAGGGCUUCAUCGUUGGGAUGCUCUAUAGCACAGGAUCAUUCCUAGCUUUGACCAUCUUUGUCGUAGAGACAGUUAUUUUCAAGAAGUAUGUGACAGAUGAGCUGCUGGUCAUUUUCGAGUAUCAUUUCUACACGCUGCUUGGCACCGCGGUCGGCAUGGCGAUAUUCCUCGUCCUUCCCAUCAUCGUUAUCUACAGGCGGUUCAAGGAAAAAUCCAUUGACCCUCUAGCAGAUGAUCUGGCUCACUUGUUUAACACCCGCGACUCGGAACGAGGUCUUGAAACAUGAAAGCAACGGAGAACCUGAACUCUACAAUACAUUGACAUGUGCUUGCGUCCUUAUCACCGUACAGCGGUGUUGUUGUGACCGAUGGGUUCGGUCAGUGGCCAAAAUAAUUGAAAGGAUGUAUACACUUGCAGAUUCGUGAAGUAGAUGCAUUUUAGACAUAUGGAAUAGAAUGGUGUGUAUUGAAUACAGAAUAUACAAUUGACACCAUGUGACAAUUCGGACGUGAAACCACGUAUGUGCAUGACUGAAAGGACAUAUAGAUUCGUGAGGUAGUGUUUUACAAGUACACAUGUAUUCACUUGGAAUGAAUGGCACGGGGCCACAUCAAACAUUCACUUAAAUAGUAAUUUAUAAGAUUAUAUAAGAGUAUGCAAAAUACAUUAUCAAAAAACCAACGCUGUUCGUUCAAAAUUUGAUAUUUGUAAUUUGUAAUUGGAUUUGAAAAUUUACAAUUGCGAAAAUACGUACCAAAUAUAGAUUUCAGCAUUGCCGUUGUUUAGAAAGAUAAAUAAAUACUUACUAUAAAUACCAAGUUCCAGCAAUAUUUGUUUGCAUGAUAACUGCAGUACGACAUUGUGUAUAAUUGCACUGGCAUUUUUAUUUUCCUGGACCAUCGGUAAUUACGAACCGCGUACCCCUUUAAACGAUUUAUAACUAAAAGGUAAAGGGGUGACGAGAUUGUGCUUCCAUCUGAAUCCGGGCAGCACAACUAUAAGUUUUAAAGGGUAUUAGUCCAUGCUCCAACAUAGAGUUACAGGAUAGCAACAAGGCUCACUUUGUCAUUAUUGUACUGUGUUUUCGCUAUUUUCUUACUUGCGAUCACGAAAAUGUUCAUGACACAUCGAUACAUUUGCACCCUGGAGAAUCAAAUCCUAAUAAGCUCCGAGCAUAGCCAGAUCAACACGGUUCCGCGAGCAUCUCGUGUACCACAAACAUGUGCCGCGGGGUCCUUACUGGGAGGUCGCUGAUCGGGUCAUGGGCCUGACCUCUUAUCUCUCAAGGGGGAUUGUAUGCUACCAUUCUAUACCGUUGAUAUUCUGUUCUACUUGGCAACUAAUGCUUUGCUUCGACCCAGUCUAUAUUUGGCUAUAUAAUAAAC